AUGGACUCGCGCCCACAUCGCCUCGCUCGAUACCCAUCGUGGCUCACACGGUGGAUAGGCUAUCGCGCUAAUACCCCGCCAAAGCGUCCAGAUUAUAUCGUCUGGUUCUGGUCGUUCAUCGGGGCGUUUUGCGGCCUCUCCGUCCUACAGGCUGUCUUCGGUCAUGCGCACUACUUUAUUGAGCGGGGUACACCCUCCAUGGUCGCUUCGUUCGGUGCUUCUGCGGUCCUGUGCUACGGUGCCAUCGAGGCGCCUCUCGCUCAGCCUCGCGCACUCGUCUUCGGACACUUCAUCUCAGCCCUGCUCGGGCUCUGCAUCACCAAGCUCUUCUCCCUCUCCCCGCACUUCCAGUCCCUCCGCUGGCUCGCCGCAUCCCUCUCCACCUCCGUCGCUAUCGUUGCUAUGCAGAUCACCGGCACGACGCACCCACCUGCGGGCGCGACCGCGCUGCUGCCCGCGCUGGACGACGACAUCUGGGCGCUGAGCUGGUACUACCUGCCAGUCGUGCUCCUCUCGAGCAUGCUUGUGCUCGCGACGGCGCUGCUGAACAAUAAUAUCCAGCGGAGGUACCCGGUGUUCUGGAUCGCGCCGGCGACCCCCCCUGUGGCAAAACCCUCUCCUCCAUUGGGAACGCCGAUUACAGAGCGUCAGACCUUGGAUGGUGCAUCGUCUACAAUAGCGCCUACACUAGUCCUUGCCGAGAAAGAACACCGUGACGGCGCCAUGGAGGGAAUCGCGGCCGUGUCGAGAACGGCUGUCCAAGACUUCUUGGACCAGAUAGGAUUCGUGAACCACAAGAGACACCAAGAUGGCGAGCUUCGUCGCCGUGUGACUGAGAUCACCGAUACCUGGGACUUCAAGGAGACAGCGCGCCCUCACAUCAAUAACGCGCUCGAGAUGAUAGAGUCCGUUUACGGCCAUCUCACCGACCUAGAUGCAAAGGUCGCUGUUGCCAUUUUCACUGCGCUUGGCUUUACUAUCGACGAUCCGAAUGUGCUCGACAGCCUCGCAUUCGACCAAUUCCAUCGCCGACACAUAGACAGUACUUUCCACGGAGACAAGAGCCCCCUCGGCUUGUUCGCCAAGGUUGCGAACCAAAUGGUGGAAUACUACCCGAGUAUUGCAGCCGGCACAAUACUCGUGUCGGCGUUGCAGUUCGUGAAUGCCUCCAUCUUGGAAAACGCAACGAGAGGGACGAUAUUGCAUCCGAAGGCCUUGCCCUUUGUGGAAUACCGGCGAUCCGUGAGUGGCGUGUCGGAGGCGUACGCUUGUUUUAUUUGGGAGAAGGCCAGUUUCCCCGCUGCCAAUUGCUACAUACAGGCCAUUCCCAAUGUUUGCCUAUUCAUCAAUUACGUGAACGAUAUCCUCUCCUUCUAUAAAGAGGAGCUCGUGAACGAGCUGAGCAAUUACAUCAAUGACCGUGCUCUUGUGACGGGAACAUCUGCCACCGAUGUGCUCCGUGAUGUCAUAGGCGAGACGGUUGCUGCAGCGGAGCGGGUGCGUGGCAUUCUAGGGGAAGGGGAUGCGAGGGACGCAUGGGAUGCCUUCGCGAGAGGCUACAUCAAAUUCCACAUUGACGCCCCCAGGUAUCGGCUGCGCGAGGUUCUUGGAGACGAUUUCUUUGUGGAAGAGUGA